UUAUUUCAUGGGUAUUUGGAAAGGCUGGGUGAGGGAGUGAGCGAAAGGCGGAGAGUGCUAGGCUACGGACAUUGUGGGUUUAAGGUUCCCACUCUUUUUAGGCUGGCGGCUGACCCAAGCGUAUGCCCCCCCCCCCCCCCUCCCCUCCCCUCCCCCAACGAGAACGAUUUCGACGGAGCCGCAGGACAAAAUAGGGAGGAUAGUGGAAGCGACUGGAAUGAGAGAAGAAGAGAGCUGAUUUAGGAGAUAAGGUACGACAGAGGCAUCGCGGCGGUAGACACCAACUAGACAACGGUAGCUACGGACGAAGGGAGAAAAAGGAAGACAUAAAAAAGUGGGAAGGUUUGACAGUUUUGUAAAGCGAACAGAGUAAACAAAUUGUGGAAACGUUAGUUCACCGGCAGGUAUGGCAGACGCAGACGUCGACUUCCAGACAGGCGAUGCCGGGGCAUCCGCUACCUUCCCCCAGCAGUGCUCGGCCCUGCGCAAGAACGGCUUCGUGGUGCUGAAGGGACGACCCUGCAAGAUCGUGGAGAUGUCCACGUCCAAGACCGGCAAACACGGCCACGCUAAGGUCCACAUGGUUGGUAUUGACAUCUUCAACGGAAAGAAGUAUGAGGAUAUCUGUCCCUCCACCCACAACAUGGACGUACCCAACAUCAAGAGACUAGACUACCAGUUGAUUGGGAUCACGGAUGGUUACUUGUCUCUGCUCCAGGACAGCGGUGAAGUGAGAGAGGACCUGAAGAUGCCAGAAGGAGACAUGGGCAAAGAAAUCGAAACCAAGUACGACGCUGGAGAGGAGAUUCUGAUCACUGUUCUGUCUGCGAUGAAUGAGGAGGCUGCAGUUGCCAUCAAGGCCAUGGCUAAAUAAGACACUGCAGGAGUUAACAAGAUGCACUGGACCUGGAAAAGGGAGGGAGUAAGGCCACGUCAAUGCUAUUCUCCCACUUUUGUUUUUGUAAUCUCUCUCCCUCUCACUGUACUUUCUCGCCCUUCUCUGGGUUAAAUUAGGAACGCAAUUCAAUAAAUAAUUGGAAAUGGCAAAACAUUCACUCCACACACACACACACACACCUGUACAGAUGAAACGGAGAGAGAAGUUAGAAUAGAGAAAAAGUGUUUUCUCACAAACAAAUUGCCGCCUAUGAGGGCAGGGCAUAAGUAACUACUGUACCUAGUCAAGGGAGGAGGGGUGAGAAUCUCACAAAUGUCUGUUUUGUACAUUUUUCCGAUUCAUCAAGGGCUUCUUCAACUCUAUGCAUGAGUGAUGGAUGCUGUUCUGUUUAGGAGCUCAUUCAGCGGGAACACUGUGCUUGGAAUGUUACAAUAGAAAUAUAGCAUACAGCAUUGAAAUUGGUGCCAGUUCUAGAACAUGGAGAUUGUGUCAGGUCUAUACGUUCCAUUUCUAUCUGACGUUCCGAGCGAUCCGCCCUUCUGAAUGAGCCCCUUCUGUCUUGUUCAAUAUUUUGUGUAACGUAUAGCACCUAAACCUGUCUGUUAAAAAACGUGUCAUGAUUUACAUGCUAGGACCAGGGCCCAGAUUCACAAAACCUUCUUAAGAAGAAAUGUCUUAACAGCCAUUUUUUCCUUAACUAUAGGCUUAUGAUAAAAGAUAAACACAGUUGCUAUUCCUCAACAAAGGUGAUUGGAAAAGUACUUGUGCUAUUUCUUAUGUUUCUCCUUUUAAGUAAGAAGUUAAGAAGAAAUUAGAUUCUUGAAUAUAAAGUUGGGGGAUUUGUUCCUAAUUCCAAGAUAGCUAAACCCUUUGUCUUGAACUCAGGGCAGUGAGAGAAAAAGCUCAUGAAAGCAAUUGAACAUGUUUAAUUCACUCACAAACCUCAUCUGAAAGUUUCAGUAAUUUAUUAUUUUAAACCCAAGAACAUACUAGAACAGUAAUCUCAGUAGAAAAUAGGAUUGCCUUUGCUAUAUAAAUGUUGUUGCUAGGCAACAGAUUUAAGAAGACUAACAAGAUAUGAGAAGUUUGUAGGAAAAUCAUAAAAUCUUAAGAUAAAAUUCCUCUUUUUCUUAAGAAUAUUCUUAUGCAAGUGUUUUGUGAAUCUGGGGCCAGUUCUUUGAGUAGGAGUUGAACAAGUGUCACACAGUAGCAUUUGGGAGAAAUGAAACUAGCAACCCAAUUCCAGUGUCAAUUUCAGUCUUUCAGAUAUCUGAUCAAGUCCGUGCACAAGACUAAGUCCUUUCUUUGCGCAAUCGGCCCCUUAUCUUCCAUUACCCUCAAAGCCUGGGCAAAGACCUUAUCGACAGGGGCUGCCAACAGGGCAGGUAGCUAGCUAGUAGACACACUGGGUCACCUAUAGAGAGAAGCAUCACGUUUUUGACCCAUUAUUACUUUGUACAAACUCAUGAAUGAGAAAAAGUUAUGGCAUUUGGUUUUUGCAUUCACAAAAGUCCAAAAUGUGCAGAAUGUCUCCCCGCCCCAAAACAAAUUAAAGAAGACACAAAUUGUUAAAAA